AUGCAAGAUAACAUAGAGUUCAGUUUGAUCCAAGUAUAUAAAAACAGUGUUAAGAGUAACCGAGCUGCAUUACUCUCAACAAUUGAUAUAAUCCUUGCACUUGCCCAGAUAAAUAUACCUUUCAGGGGGAACUGGAAUGAGGAGUUACAUGAAGAAGAUGGCAACUUCAAUUUUUUAAUCCAGUGGAAAUCAAAAGUUGAUAUAGCUUUACAGUUGCACCUUGAAACGGCUUUAGGAAAUGCUCACUACAUGUCGCCCAAAAUUCAAAAUGAAAUUCUUGAAUUCAUUAAAAAGGAGAUACGACAGCAAAUCAGACUUAAGACAGACAGCUCGGCGUUUCUGAGCAUAAUGGCAGACGAAUCAUGUGAUUGUUUAACCCAGGCUCAGUUGGCAAUUGUAGUGCGAUAUCUUUUUGAAAAUGAAGUUCAUGAAGAUUUUCUAGGUUUUAUCAACCUUGAAAGGACUGAUGUUGCAACUAUAUCAUGUGUUGUGUUGUCUGACUUGGAAAACUGGGGUUUUGAUCUUACAAAACUUUGUUGUCAAGGGUAUGAUGGGUGCAGUACUACGAACGAUUUAGAAAUAAAGAAGGACAGAAAGAAGAAGAUUUUUGAGCAACUAUCAUUACCUGUUGUAGAAACUGAUGCAAAAGCUUAA